AUGGCCAAUUAUCUUGUUUGGGUUGCACAUGGAGAAGUGUAUGAGGUUGACAAUCACUCACGACAUGCUCAGGAAAAUACAAACACGCCCACAGAUGUUUCCAUGCAAGCUCCAAACUCUUAUGUUGAGAUGAUAAGUAAUGCCUUUAAUGAGCAUACGUCCUCUCAUGAAAGCAUUGAAGAAGAUCCCAACGAAGAAGCCAAAAAUUUUUUCAGUCUGUUAAAUGCAAGCCAAAAUCCAAUAUAUGAUGGAUGUCGAGAAGGACACUCACAAUUGUCAUUGGCGGCUCGAUGUAUGACACUGAAAACAGACUAUAACUUGUCUGAGAAGUGCAUGGAUUAUAUUGCUGAAAUGUUGAAAGACUACAUGCCUGCAGAUAACAAUGCCACUGCUUCAUACUAUGACACAAAGAAACUGAUGCGGUCUUUGGGGCUGCCUUACAAAAAGAUAGAUGUGUGUCAGAAUAAUUGUAUGAUCUUCUGGAAAACCGACGCAGACCUAGAAAGCUGUAAAUUCUGUGGAGCUGCGAGAUUCAAAAGUACAAAAAAACCUGGAAGAAAACAAGUUCCUUUUCGACAAAUGUUUUAUCUGCCAAUAGCUGAUAGACUGAAAAGAUUAUAUCAGUCAAAGAAGACAGUUUCACAUAUGAGGUGGCACAAAGAACAUUAUUCAACUCAGGACAGUAAUGUAAUGAGUCAUCCAUCAGAUGGUGAAGCAUGGAAACACUUUAACCAGGUAUAUCCUGAUUUUGCCAAUGAAUCUAGAAAUGUCUAUCUUGGUUUGUGCACAGAUGGAUUUAAUCCUUUUGGUAUGUCUGGUCAAAAUUAUUCGUUGUGGCCGGUGAUUCUUACUCCAUAUAAUCUACCACCUGACAUGUGUAUAAAACGUGAGUUUAUGUUUCUCACAAUAUUAAUCCCUGGUCCAAACCAUCCAAAAAGGAGUUUAGAUGUGUUUUUACAGCCUCUCAUAGAGGAGCUUAAUGGUUUAUGGACUGAUGGAGUUGAGUCAUAUGAUGUAUCGCUGAAGCAGAACUUUACAUUACGAGCUAUGCUUUUAUGGACGAUCAGUGAUUUCCCCGCUUAUGCUAUGUUAUCUGGAUGGACAACUCAUGGUCGUUUAGCAUGUCCUUAUUGUAUGGGUGAUACUGAAGCUUUUUGGCUGAAGCAUGGAAGGAAAACAUGUUGGUUUGAUUGUCACCGUCUUUUUCUUCCAAAAGACCAUCCUCUACGCCGAAACAAGAAAAACUUUUAA